CCUAUAGCACCAAUACUAUAUAGUAUUGUAAAAUUCCUCGAUAACAUUGUCGAAAACACCUUAACUAAUACCAAGAGUUAUAAUCGUGAGGUACAAUGAAACUUUCGCAAUCCGCUCACCAAACAGAAAAGGGAAACAAAAAUAAUGCAGGCAGGAAAGUUAAGUCAAUGGUACCGCCGCACUUUAAUUUCUCUCCACAGAAUAGGCGACCGGGCCAGAAUUUUUCCUGGCCGGAAACGCAGACAACUUAUUAUUACACAAUUUCUUCUAUUUGGUGGCGGGAGGAAAAGGAGAAGGAAGGAAAAUUUUAUCAAUUAAUACAGAGUAAUAGUAAUCACCGGAAAAUCGGGGAUUUCCUAAGAUGAUAAUUAAAAUAAUUAUUUCUUGUCAUCUUUUUUGUCGUCCUUCUUGGGCUCACCAUCACCACCAUCCUUCUUUUCUUCCUUCUUCUCUUCCUUGGCGGGACCGACGGAGACGAUGUCCACUUUCCCCACUUUCUUCAGCUUCUUCACCACCGCCACCGUGUCCAUCACCCCGAUCACCGUCAGCUUCUGCUCCUUCAGAUCCGCCGCUAUCGAAUCAACCCCUGCCGCCCAACAACAAACAACGAGAUCAGUUGAAUCUUGAUUCAAUCAGCUAUCGCAACUUCCGUUCCGGAAUCAGGAGUGGAAAAAAAAAAAAAGGAAAAGUUUGCUGUAAGUACCAAAUAUAUCUGCGGCGGCCUCGAUUGCCUUCUGCUUCGUCUUCUCGUCGGUCAUGGUCAACACCUUCAGCACCACUUUCUGCUGCAGUCCCGAAAAGAAGAAAUCGAAUUCCAAUUGACAUCUCGACUCAGAAUUUGAUAGACGGGUGUGAAAUCAAUUGAAAGAAGAGGAAGUAAAGUUGAGCUUAUUAAGUACCUGAGCCAUGGCGGUGAUCGAUUGUGGAGAGGGAAGGGAGGAUGUAGAAGAAGCAGCAGCAGAAUUAAUUGAGGGAUGAUGAGAAAGCGAGAUUCUUAUUCCCUUGUGUGAAGAAAAGAGAGAAUUGAAAAUCGGGAAUUGGCUGGGGGAGGUAGUAAUAGCUCAAUAGUCAAGGGAUGGAUAGGUGGGUUUUGACAGAAUAAGUGCUUAUUAUGAG